AUGAACAACCAGACUAUCAUCUCUCAGUUCCUCCUCCUGGGCCUGCCCAUCCCCCCAAGGCACCAGCACCUGUUCUAUGCCCUGUUCCUGGCCAUGUACCUCACCACUGUCCUGGGGAACCUCAUCAUCAUCGUCCUCAUUCUACUGGACUCCCAUCUCCACACACCCAUGUACUUCUUUCUCAGCAACUUGUCCUUCUCUGACCUCUGCCUUUCCUCUGUCACGAUGCCCAAGUUGCUGCAGAACAUGCAGAGCCAGGACACAUCCAUUUCUUAUGCUGUCUGUCUGACACAAAUGUACUUUUUCAUGACUUUUGGAAACAUUGAAAACUAUCUUCUUGUGGUCAUGGCCUAUGACCGCUAUGUAGCCAUCUGUUUCCCUCUGCAUUACACAAGUAUCAUGAGUCCUAAGUUCUGUGUGUCUCUGGUGGUGCUCUCCUGGAUAUUUACCAUUCUGUAUUCCAUGCUACAUACCCUACUCUUGGCAAGAUUGUCAUUCUGUGAGGACAAUGUGAUACCCCACUUUUUCUGUGACAUAUCUGCCCUGCUCAAGUUGGCCUGCUCUGACAUUUAUAUUAAUGAAUUAAUGAUAUUUAUCUUGGGAGGGCUUGAUACUGUAAUCCCAUUCUUACUCAUUGUUAUUUCAUAUGUACAAAUUGUCUGCUCUAUUCUAAAGCUUUCAACGUCACGGGGCAUAUACAAGAUCUUUUCCACCUGUGGCUCCCACCUAUCUGUUGUCUCACUGUUCUAUGGGACAAUUAUUGCUGUCUAUAUAUGUCCAUCAGCUAAUAACUCUACUGUGAAGGAGACUGUCAUGGCCCUGAUGUACACAGUGGUGACUCCCAUGCUGAAUCCCUUCAUCUACAGCCUGAGGAAUAGAGAUAUGAAAGACGCCCUGAUCAGAGUCCUUUACAAGAAUCAAAUCUCAUUAUAG